ACCCGAAUGCUCGGCGGAUGCCAUGACCUUCAAUUAAUACGCUGCCCUUGCAGAUCGCUUCUCCAGCUGCGUGGGUUGGAGUCCAUCGAAGAUCGAUAUGCUCACUCAGACGUUUUAUAACUCUGCGUGGGUCACUUCCAUGCGUAGACACGCGCUAAAAAACUGCUUGAGCGCCCAUUUCUACAGUGGCGAUGCCAAAAAGAAGCCAUUCGACAUCUUGUUCUUUGGUCGCGACGAAUUCUCUUGUAACGUCUUCAAGCAAUUGCAUGACGCCCGAGAUGUUUGGCAAUCCGUGUCGAUCGCUACCAACCCAGACGUGAAAACUGGUCGACGAGGUUCUCAUUUAUCAAUCUCUCCACUCAAACUACUUGGAGAAUCUCUCGAGGUUCCAGUUCACACCAUACCACAACGAAAGGUUGACUUCAGGGGUUGGAUACCUCCAGCACCAUUUGUGAAUACCAACGAAGCUCACGUCUCCGUCCCUGCCAGUGAAACCCAUCUUCUUGUCACUGCUUCCUUUGGACGCAUUCUCCGCCCUUCACUCCUACACCUCUUUCUGCCCGGCCAGCGACUUAAUGUUCAUCCGAGCUUACUGCCUGCAUACCGAGGUCCGGCGCCCAUUCAGAGAGCUUUAAUGCGAGGAGAAAGGGGGACAGGUGUGUGCGUUAUUGAUAUGAUGGAGAAGAAGGAAGGGAUUGAUGCGGGAAGUGUGUGGGGCUGCGAGAGCAUGGUUGUUCCAGAAAAUGCGACAUUUUCUUCGCUGUCAGUGGAGCUGGCCCGGACAGGAGGAGAUUUGCUUGUCACGGUACUUCGGGAUAUGUUACUAGGAAACGCUCGUAGCAUCCCGCAACCUCCAGUCUUACCUACCACCCCACAUGCUUCUGCAAUAUCCGCUUCCGAUGCACAUGUUGAUUUUACAUCCCAAACUGCGUUGGACAUCGUCCGACUGUCUCGCGCGAUUUCACACCAGCGUCCUAUAACGACGACAAUGCUCGAUGGUCGUACUCUUCAGCUGCACCAUGUCAGUGUCUCCGUGAGUCAUAAUGAUAUGGGUCCUGUUGAGCCUGGGUGGGCAGUGUACGCUCCACAUACACGCACGAUACUCAUAAAUUGUGCUGACGGAGAGUGGCUGAGUGUUCUAAAGUUAAAGACCCAAGAUCGUGCGCUUCUGGCUGCGAAGGAAUGGUGGAAUGGGGUCAAGGGGCUAGGCUUGCUGCAUGAGGGUAUGCUGAAACUUUGCUAGAGGGUUCUUUCAUGUCGGUGUAUCACAUACUAUCAAAGAAGUGCUUCUCGAGCGCUUGUUACAGGUCCAGACUCGGUUCACACUGCGGAGUUUGGGAAAGGUCCACCCGCCACAUUCCCGGGUCUUGGAUAAUGAUUGUCACUGACGCGUGCCUCGUGUGGAUGCAUGUGGUUCAGGAUUGUAUUGACGGCCCUACAACCCUCGAAGAAGUGCGUGGUAGGUUUGUCCAAUCAGCGUAAGGUUGCAUUAAAAGCCCUACAACCCUCGAAGAAGUGUGUAGUAGGUUUGUCCAAUGAGUGCAAGCUUGUAUUGAAGGUUCGUCAAAUGAGUGUUAGCUUGUUCCGAUCAAUCACCCAC